AUGCCGCGAGAGCGCGGCAAGACCAAGAUCGAGCGGAUACGCCACUACCUUGUCGGUGCCGCUGACACCAGGUACGGCAGUCAGGAGGAGCCGGACGACGCGAAGGUCCUGAGCGACACCAAGUCGAUCGGUAGCUUGAGCCAGCAUCUGUUCGAGAGCGACGAGGACGAGCGUUACUACGGUACCUGCAACGGCUACGUCUCGCAGCCCGGCAGCAAGUCGAACCUGCUGCUGUGCAGCGAGUGCGAUCAGAAGACGCACACCUGCACCUACCGACCGCAAACGCCCGACUCGCACGCCGGCCGAUACGUGGAGGAGCGUAUAGAAGAUCGGCAUCAGGAGCCGGGAACCUCUCGUGCCUACAGAAGCCCGGUGAAGCUGUCCUCCCCGCGCUCGUACCACCCCGAUAAGGAGCGCGUGGCGCAGACGUCGCCGCGAGCGUACCGCGACCAGGAGCAGUCGGCGCCGAUGAUCACGUCACCUCGAUCCUACCGGACGCAGGAGCAGCAGCGGCGCGGAUGGACCGCCAGGGACACGGACGAUCGAGGUGACGUCGACAGAGGCGAGUACCUCGACCAGUUCUGGUCCGAGGAUUGAACAAGUUCGUUCGCUUUGCUUGAUUCAUUUGAAUGGCCUCGUUGUUCUCCGACGAUCCGGCGUCCACCCACGGUACACGCAAUCGUUUCCAGUCUUCGCACUUGCGUUCCAAUCUGGGGGAACUCUUACUUCUCUUUGGCGACAAAUUUUACCUUUUUUUUUUUGCCUUUUUCUUUGUUACUAGACUGCAAAUCCUUAGUGAAACCCUUGAGUUUGAAGCCUGUUACGGGAAUGGAUGUUAUUUAUACGUGACGUGGCUCGCAAAUACGUUAGCUCGCAAAACAACUUUAGCAGAGAUUAGGGGGAGUAGCUUCGCUCUCUUCUCUUGUCCGUAUCUGGAAAAGCUACACGUAGCGUCUUUCCGUUUGAUUUCUCGCACGCAUUUCUUUUCCCGGAUAAUUUGGCCGCUGCCUGCAUACGCAUUUCUCGCUGACGCUUCGCGCGAUCUCCGGGGCGACUGCCGUUGCCGGAGAUUGCCUCUCAGGCGACGAUCUUAGAUCGCGCGUGGCAACCGUGCGAGCUAACCCGCCGAUCUGCUCACAGACCGCGAGAGCCCGAUCUGCGAGCUCUGCCGAGGUAACGGCUACGUCGUCGUGCACUGCGAGCACUGCGACUUCUCCAGCGACGGCGAUCUGAUCUGCUUCCGCUGCCAGAGCGACGAGAGCUCGUCCAACGGUCAGGUCUGCCCGCGCUGCGAGCGGGAGGCCGGAGUCACGUCGAGCACCGGCAGAUCCGGCUCCAGCGACGAGGGUAACGGCAAGUACCCGGUGGACGCCGUGGUGAAGAUCCAGGUAAACGAUCGGACGAUCGACAUCGACGACUCCGACGAGACCCCCGAGAGCGAGAGCUCGGGCAAUUAUCAUCCCGCGAGGGGCGCGAUGGAGCGGCUCGACACCAUCGUCGAGUCGAAGGGCGACACUGCCAGCGAGAACGACGAGGAAAACGGAGGCGGCACGAAGCUCAACGGUACCACUGGCGCGAGAUAUCUCAAUUACAUGAUCGUGCUGUUCCUGUAAAUAAAAGACGACGCUGAGGUAGAUGCGGCCCGGACCCGCGGCCCGCGCGACUCGCUCGACGCGGAAUCGCUUGUACAUUAUUGAGCCGCGCGGCAAUUUUCUCUAAACCGACCGGUCCUCGCCGAGAAUCUCUCGGGGAUCAUCUCAGUCGUAGCUAUCGAUCGAAAAUGUAACGAAACUCAUUUCUACCCGCGAAAUCCUGGCGUCGCUCGCCGCUGGAUUUUGAUAGUUGUACUUUGAGACCAGCGACGUCGCGUCCCCGCAACGCGCCACGAUCGAUCCGCGAAAUUGGACGGCCAGCGCGAUGGCGAACGCAGAAUCACUUACGCACCGAUGACGCUAAUAUCAGGGGGCCGCGGCUCGGGCCGCACUGUAAAUAAACUGCCACUGGAUAUAAUUGAUCCGUACAAUAUAGAACCGUAUAGAUUAAUUAAUAGAUAACUCGUAAUAAUUAAGAUGCAGAUCAAGCGAGGCGGAAAGAGGGGAAUAUAGAGAGAUAGGCAGUGUGCGUGUGUGUGCGUGCGUGCGUGUGCGUGCGCGUGUAUGGGUGCGUGUAUCACGUUCGACGCGCGCAGUAUUGCCAUGAGCUGAGAUCCGUGACGCAACGGUCGACACGCGACUCUUGGAGCGGGUGUGUGCAAAGAUCAUAAUUACUCGGUUGCAGAUCGGCCGCGGGGACUCGUGCCGCCACUAAUUGUAAGGGCGGCGCGUCGGUAAUUUGGACUAAUUAAAAUAAUAGAAAAUCAAGCUCGUUCUACUCGACGCGAUGUAAAGGGAUUCCGCAAGUCGGUUUAAUUAAAGUUUAUACGCCUUGCCGCGAUAUCGACCCUUGGCAGCUACGAGCGUAGGCACGAGUUGGUAAAAACAAAACGGAAUUAGGGCACAGCUCGCUAAUUGUUAUUAGCAAUCUGCUGGGAACUUGGAUUAUUGCUCGUUUCUUCUCGUCAAUGAGCUCUAUAUCUAUUUCCGACGUGUCGAGGCUUGAGAUAAUUUGUAAAAAAAACUGUUGCUAUUAUUUAGCGGUGUCUACGGGGCGAACGGACGAUAUUGAGCACAAGUAAUUACGAUUCUUGCACAACUCUCUACUAACUCAUGUUCGGGACCAACUAAAGCCAUCACCUACAUCCACCACUUCCGACUUCCGCUUCCAUCCGUGAUCAUCGUUCGUUCAUUCGGUCAAAAGCAGAAGGGAUUUAGAACACGUUGAACUCCGGGAUAAUCUUCCGAUCCCGACGAAAAUCGGCGACAUCGUGUCGUCUCCGUAGCGUAUCGAGACGGUCGGACCGAAUAUCUUUAUUCUCUCUAUUGCGAAGAAGACGGGACAGAGGGACGCGUUUAGAGGCGAUACACGAGCGUGCGAAACCACCGAAUCUCGAGAAAGGGCGAGAUAGGAGAGAAGAGACGACGUUUCGUUCUCCUCCCACGUUUGUAACACGCGGCAGCGAUUUUUUUUAACGUUUACAAAUUAUGGCAUAGGCUCCUCACUAGACGUAUACGUUUUUUAACGUUCAUCUUCCAAUUCCGUGAGUAUCCCGAUGUGUCUGAAAUUUCCGGCGUGCCGAAAGAUGGAUCGAAUUUGGUAUAGACGAAACGUAAAAGUGAAGAAGGUAACGAAAGAAGUGGAAAACCGAAUUCUCCUUCUUUCCUUUUCUUUUUCGAAGAGAGCGAGGAAAGUAAUCCGAGCGAUCGCAAAGUCGACAAUUAUAAAAAAAAAAGACGAUUGAGACCGGUAUGAUUCCGUGAAGGGAUGUAUCUAGCGCCGAUUUCGCGAAUAAGCAGAUUGUCCUAGCGUGCUUUUGGUAUCGAUACUUGAAAUCACGGCGAACUGAGACGGGGAAGAUAAAAAAAUCUCACGUGCGACGGGAUUAACAGUUGAGAAAGAUUCGGGCACGUGCGCCAGCGCGCGCCGGCACUCGCCAAUUACACCGCAAUUAUACCAGUGUCAAUCUUCGAACUCGGGAGCGAUCAACCCGAGGGGAGUGGAAGAGCAACAUAAAUCUCGCGGGGCUGGGCUCAUGUCAUCUGUAUGAUAUUCACCGAACAAUGAUUACCACGUAAGGUAUUAUCCGUAGGAAGUAUCAGUACCCGGUAAACUGAUCCCGCCGUGCUGCGAAGUCGCGGUAACCCGAAGAAAGUGUAGAGAGAAAACGCAGGGAGGGGAUGAGAAAGAGGGAACAUCGCGACCGGUAGUUCAGUUCGGAAACACGUAGCGAUUAAGUGCUCUUACUACGAAAAACAAAUAUAUAAAUAUAUAUAUAUAUAUAUACGAAUGCUUCGCGAGGAUUACAGGCGUGCGCCCCGCGCGAUCUCGUCCGCUCGAGUUACGGCGCUCUCCGCGGCCGAGGGGGAACAUCACUCUACUGCCACGUUGGUUUAGAACACCUCUGUAAAUUUGUUAGAGAAAUUUGUAACACGUUAGGACGAACACUUCGAUAAACCGUUGAGAUUUACAUUUACUCCCGUGCGCGCGAUUAGACGAGAUACUCGAGUCUCUCCCGCCUCCGUCUCCGAGGGCGACCCGGGUUGAAGAGUACGGAGUCGAAAUGUUCGCAAGACGCUCGGUAUCGAGGCAAAGCGCAAUUCGACAGUGCACCGGAGAGGAGCGUUGACCCUUCGCGGCUGAGAUUAUUUCUCGCGAAUGUGCGGAAACCAAGUGUUUCAUCCUCGACUUCGUCUUGUUAACAAGGAAUUUUUAUUGUUUUGGAAAAAAUUUUGAAGAUUCCAAAAUUAGAAUUUAAUUACGAUAACAAAUGUAAUUAAGCAAUUAUUAAUUAUUAGAAAACUACAAUUAAUUAUAGGAUAUAUUGCAGAUUCGAAUGUUUGAAGAAUAAACAACGCGUCAGGUCUGUAGGACCGCAAGGGUCACAAAAUUAGACUCGUAAGCGAAAGCUCUCGGGGAGCUCGCAAUUUCUGGGCGUUUUAUUAUUGAAGUUACAGACUGAAACUCUCGAGCGGUUAUCGAAUAAGGGUCACCCUUUCACUUUAAAGUUCGCUAGAGAGUUUCACUGUGGAGAGCUACUCUCGCAAGGUACAACUUUCGAGUAUCCAAAAUUCAGCGUUUACACGAGAUCACGCUUGUUGUAACGAUUCAUGUCCAUUUCAAAGAAAUGUCGAGGAUCGCUCCAGUGGAUAUAUCUCGGAAGAAUGUUACAUACUCUCCUAAGUUCAUCGCUGAACAGUGAAAUGAUCUCCUUUGCAAGGUCGUACGUCGAUUUUUUCGCAAUUUCCAUUUUUUCUGCUCAAACACUUAUUCUGAUCCAGAAUGAAUAUUUAAGCAGAGAAACCGUAUCUCGAUUCUUCGCAAUUUCCGGCUUUUCCGCUUAAACAUUAAUUCUGGAACAGAAUAAGUGUUUAAGCAGAAAAAAUGUAAAUUGCGAAAAAAUCGAGAUACAACCUUGCGAAGAAGAUGCACCGCUGCGAUUGUACUUAUAACUUUGAUCAGUGGAUACAACGGAGUGAUUGACUUGAAGAGAGUAGAAAUAUCUUAUUUAAUUUCAUUCUGUCGUUAUCGAAAAUUACUCCCAAGUGGACACGAGAUUCACAGGGCAAGACAAGACAUUGUAAUUGCGCGCACUGUAUCUCGACACCGCGCGUGUUGUCUGGAAUAUCGCGGAUUUGCGAAACACGCGAGCGGAGGCUCGGCCAAUAAACGGCAAUAGCGCGAUGUACAGAGAGAGGGAGGCUCGUUACGAAGGGAUGAGAAUGCGUUUAAUCAGCCUUACUUAGACAAUUAUUAUCUACAUUAUUAUACUAAAUUUGUAUGCGUAUAACGUGGGUGAUUUGCGUACGUGCGUGUAGACCGCGGCGUACCUUAAUUAACAAAUCACAUCCUCGGCGGUAUGCGCUGUGGACAACGAUAAUCUACGAGCAACGUGUGAUCGUAACGUAGACAUGGUGCAUGCGUGUUGUACAUAAGCAAUUAUCAUUUGCCGUUUACCCGGCGCCCGGAAAAGGUAUCUUGCGUUCGGAGCUUCAGGAUCCUGCCCUCGAUGGAAAUCUAAUCAAUCUUAACGUUAAUGAUUACAUGUAAAUAGCGUUGUCAGUGCUGUAUAUUUUACUGCUGUUUAACUGGCUGUGAUAUUUAUAUGUUGAGAGUUUAAUUGUGAUUAGCGAUACUCUAUGUUGAUCCUGUUGAGCGUACAAAUUGCGUACCCCAUGCGUUUUAUCGAUUGGAUCGAUUAUAAGCACCGCGGAAUAUACACAUUACUCGUCGAAGGGAUACAUCGUUUGCUCAGUUCGCAGACUGUCGCCAAUUCUCUCGUUUCUUGGUUUUCCCUGAGAAUUUUGGGAGCGGUACCUUGCAACUCAAUUAAAAUUGCUGCUCGUGAUUAUUUAUGCAUUAUGAUAAUUACUAGUUAUCAUUUUGUCAUUGUUAACAUUGUUAUCACGAUUAGUAUCAGAGAGAUGCGGACACUUGUAGCAUGAUGUACUUGUUAAAUUUACUAGCGCAAGUAAACGAUUUACGAUUUAAGUGCCAUAGUCCGAAGAGCGCGCCCGGAUCAAUCGGGUUUUCAGCCGACGAUAAUCACGCGUUGCUCCGAGUCGUUUGAAACCGCGAGUGAAGCCAGCUGUAAGGGAGAUGUAAGAUAACUUCGAGGUGAUAGCGCCCGAUACAUUUAUUACGGCUCGGAAUACAAUACGAACUUACACUCGAUCGAUAUCAAUUAUCAAUGAUCAAUCGGAUCAUCCUCUCUAUCAUAAUAAUCACUUCCGCAUGACUGUUUGCGCGAUAUUGAGUUUAUUGAAAUAUUUAUUCGGUGUUACAAGCGACGUAGAUGUGUACGGAGGGGGGAAAGAACGCCAUUGGAGAUUUUAUGCGGCCGUAACGCCCGAGGUUCGUUACGAGACGAAAGAGGCUUGUUAAUGACUGACCACUCGGCGCAUCCAUCGUGCAGGUUGACCCGUCUCUUUUUCUCUCAUAAUUCGUGCGCACGUUUCAUUGCCUAAUUACAUUUAACGAUUGAACUUCACGUACCGACGUCCGCCCCCUUAAUUUCAAUGACGAUCUUUGAAGUCCAGCCUUCCCCUAGGAGAAAAAAAAAGAAGAGAGAGCCAUAUCGAUCAUUGGAGAGAAAAGUUUCGCACGAUGAUGUUUUCGAUAAUUGUGCAUACAGUCGCGACGCAUGUGUUGUUCGUCAACUUUUUAUAAGGCCAAAUUUACAAGUUUUGCAUAUAUUUAAAUAGACACAUUACGUAGUCGAACGUCCGACGGUCGGACUUUCGGAUAAUCUCUUUACGUGGAAAGUGUCAGCGGGAUUUCUGGAUCGCUUUGUGGAUCUCGUCGGUCAAUUUUCAAUUAACGCAGUGCCAAGUUUUACAAUAGUCUGCCUUCGCACGUGGCGUAAUACGAGCGGCGUAAAAUCGCGCGCGCGCGCGGAUUACGUGUGCCAAGAGAUGUCGGCCCGGGAUCGGCGAGAUCGAGAUCGUGAAUCUAACCGUUGUUGCUGUUCGAGUGACGCUAAUAGGCUUUCUUGAAAAAUGAAAUGGACGCGGUCGCGAGCGGUCGUAAUUGUAUAUUGCGCUCUUCCAUUAGAACAAAGCCGAUUAUGUCGGCAUUAACUCCACAAAGUGAUUCGGAAACGGUAAUAAUCGGUUUGCCUUUAAUAUACAUUGCUAUCGUGCAUGCAACGGAAUCCUUAAUGCUUAAUACGAUUACGCUAUUCCGCAUCGGACGGCGGGAGUACGUGCGAGGAUACAUUAUUGACAUUCGUGCACCUUUACCUACAUAUAAAGAAAAUACUUCUCCAUUUCUUCGUGUCGUGAGAACUUUUCGUUCGUUAGAAGUGCGAGGGUAAUUUACGUGCGGUUGCAAUAGGUUCUGGAACGUCGUUGUUCCGCGAAAUCUGAGAAUUGGCGGUGAAAUCGCCAAUGAUGAGACUAAAAUUAGAGAGAGCUUGAACGACGUAACACGCAUACGUGUGCGCGUGUGUGUAGAUAAGCGAUGAUAUUAGAUGAAUCGCGUAGGAAACAUUUUGUCGCAAACGUGAACCUUUUCGCAUAGAUCGAAGAAAGAGGACCUUUAGAGGAUACAACGCGGAUUCAGCGACGUUUGAUCCUAUAUCAAGUCGGAGCUAUAUCUAAUUACAGAAAAAGAUUGUCAUCGCGAGAGAUGUGCGAAAACGUGAGGAAAGAUACAACGAAUUUUUUAUUUUUCUCCUAAGUUUAUUGCAACUAAUGCGUAAUCGGUUUCGAGCAUCGCAAUAGACUUCUCUCUCUCUCUCCCUCUCUCUCUCUCUCCCCUCCCCCCCCCUCUCUCUCUCUCUCUCUCUCUCUCUCUCUCUCUAUUGUGUAAAAAUAUCAUUGCUCGUUUAAUGAUACUAAAAAUAUCGUGACUUCCGAUUUAAUAUCGCUUCAAACGUGAGACAGUCGAGGAUUUGUACGUCAUGAUUUUCCAAUGCAGAUUAAUUGCAAUUGCACAUCUGCGAAUAUCGCUGUACCAAGUUACUUUUUGUCCGUGCGAUAUUCUAGGCAUUUCCAGAUCGCGUCUCCAAAUAUUUUAUAUAUAAAACGGUCAUAUAUAUCUAAGUAGUUGAGCAGGAAGACUCGCGGACUUUAGUGAAGCAGGUAACGCAAAAGUCCAACAGGCGUCCGAAGGAAGCAAAAGUCGUUCGGAUGCGGGACAUCCUUCGGACAAUUGUAUCGCCUGAGAGGCACGGUAGAGACACUCCUCUCCGUUUCUCCGCGCGAAUCAACGCGUCCUCGUAGUCCAACGUGAUCCAUAUGGCACAGCUAGAUAUGAUUUUCUACGCGCGAAACGCCCUCGAAAGAGAAACCGGCUCUGUCACGCAUUUCUCCCGGUAUUCCAUUGUUAUUUCGCUACCUCGAUCACACGUCACGGCGCUUAGCAUUUAAAUCUAUCCGAUAUUACAUAACGCGAAACAGCGGGAGGGGCGAGUCACUCGAUAAGGCUCUUAAUGAAUGGUUACUCAGGAAUAAAGUUAUAAUGUAAUAACAGUUGCGAUAUUGAAUAUUAACAUUUAACGAACGACCUUUUGUAAAUAUGAAUAUAACAAAUAUAAAGAUACACGAUUGCAUAUAUAUACAUAUUAUGUAUGUAUAUGUACGCAUAAUAUAUACAAGAGAUUUGUGCAGGACGAUUCGGAAUGGGCCGCCGGUCAGUCUUAUUGUUAGCGUCGUUGCACUUGACGACCUCUAAAAAAAAUUAUUUGCGACGAAGAGAGAUAUAUUGCCACGUCUCGCGGUGUUAUCCAACUUGAAAGCGUCCUCGUCCUUUUAUUUGCAGCAUCGAUCUCGCGUGUACGACAAGUCCGAAUUAUCCUGUACAAUUUUACGAUCGCCCAAUAAGAGAUGACAAGCCUGAUAGAAACGCGUGCGUAUAUCUGCGUGAGAGAGAAAAAAAAGGAAGAAGAAAAGAAGACAAAGGGAGUAACUGCGUGCGCGUGUGUCCGAGUGCGUGUGUGCGUGUGCGUGCGUAUGCCGAGGGGCGUGAAUAAGAGAAAACCAUGUAAAUCUGUACGCACGAGAUCAAAGCGAGAAUUCACUUCCAUUAGUGGAGAACUGACCAAAAUGUCGACGACGGUGCCGCGAUACGCGUCGACGAUCGUUGAUGUCGAAAGGUAUAGACAACACCAAACAGUAAGGAAGGCGAAAAGGGAAAGAAAGGAGGAUGGAGAGGAAGGAAGGAAGGAAGCAGAAAGACGGAGAGACGGUGAAUUCGUUGAGAAGUAUGCACAAGGUGCAAUUAGCGAGCGCGAUUGGCGCGAUUAACAUUUUGACCGCCGACUCGUAGGGACGUCGAUUGGUUUCUCGCAAUAUGCAUACGUUCUGAAAUGGAAUACGGUAGAAGCGAUCGGCAUGGGGGAGUAAGGUAACGAUCGGCGGUCACAGUGUCAUGACCGCGAAUUGGAAUCGGUUCAACGAAGCUCGGAUCUCGAUGCCGUAGACGGAAGCGAGACCAAUGACCUCGGAUGAUGAUGGGAGCCGUUGACGAGGUCUGCUUCUCCGUGACUACGCGAUCGAAAGUCGUACUCGGCGUAAUUCUAACGGUCUCGAAUCUUUUGGUCGGAACAAGGCGCUGAGAGUGAGCGAGUGAGUGCCUGAGCGAGUGAGAGAGAAAGAGAAAUCACCGAUCCUUCGGUCAGGAUGCACUAGGCCGUGUGUGCGUAUCCCGACGCGUUGCGUACGUGCGUGGAGAUUGCGCGUUUUUGUCCAUUUCUACACGUAUAUCUGUUCUCUCCUACGACGAUAGAAGGUUAUUUUUAAAUUUUCAAAACUUAGCUGUGCCGCAAGAGCGUGCGAGUGUCAGUACGAUCGGAUGUCAGUAGGAAUCCUGAAAUAUAAAUAGACGAUUGAAGUGGACCGCAA